GAGGGGACCAAACAUAGCAGCUAAUGGCAUCUGAAACCUUUGUGCAGCCAGCAAUUCCUCGUUUUGAUGGUCACUAUGAUCAUUGGCGCAUGCUGAUGGAGAAUUUCUUGAGGUCCAAAAAAGAGUAUUGGGAUGUGGUUGAGUCUGGAGUAGUAGAACCAACUGCUAGGAUGUCAGAAGCUCAGAAGGCAGAGUUGGAGGCUUUAAAAUUGAAGGAUCUCAAAGCCAAAAAUUAUCUCUUUCAAGCAAUUGAUCGGACAAUCUUGGAGACUAUUCUUUGCAAAGAUACCUCCAAGCAAAUUUGGGAUUCAAUGAAGAAAAAGUACCAGGGAACCACAAAAACAAAGAGGCAGCAGCUUCAAGCACUUCGUUCAGAGUUUGAAAUACUUCGAAUGAAAGACGGUGAGACUGUUACUGACUAUUUCUCUAAGACAAUGGCAAUUGUCAACAAAUUGAGGACCCAUGGUGAUAAGACACAAGAUGUUACUGUUGUUGAGAAGAUACUGCGUUCAAUGACACCAAAAUAUAAUUUUGUUGUCUGUGCUAUUGAGGAGGCAAAUGAUCUUGAUGAAAUGUCACUUGAAGAACUUGAAAGUUCUUUGCUGGUACAUGAAAGGAAGCUGAAUCGACAAGAGCAGAAUGAGCAAGCUUUGAAGGCCACAAUUGGCACCUCUUCUUCAUUUUCAAAUAGAUCAAACAGAGGAAGAGGCAGAGGUAGAGGAAGAAAUCAGCAAAAUCUGCCUUUUGAAGGAAGAGGAAGGGGGCGUGGCAGAUUUCAGAUUUCCUACAGACCAAAGUCAGCAGACAGGUCCAAAGUUGAGUGCUUUCUGUGCCACAAGUAUGGGCAUUACCAAUCUAAAUGUCGAGCUAAUUUGCCUAACAAUGAAGGAGAAAAAUCAAAUUUUGCACAAAUUGAGGAGGAAAUAUCCUUGCUGAUGGCAGCUUUCUCCACCUUGGAUGAAUCUUUCAGAGAUAAUGUGAAGUUCGGAGACAAUUCUAAAGUCUCGGUCAGGGGAAGAGGACAGGUGACCAUUCAAAUCAGGGGUAAUGCUGCUCAAACAAUUUCUAAUGUCCUUUAUGUUCCAGAAUUGAAGACCAAUCUGCUAACUUUUAGAGAUGCCGUUCUUGAGUCCAAAUGGAGGAAGGCCAUGGAUGAAGAAAUUGCAACCAUUGAAAGAAAUAAUUCUUGGGAACUAACUGAGCUUCCGAAAGGCAAGAAGACCAUUGGUGUGAAAUGGGUGUACAAGACAAAGUUGAAAGAGAAUGGAGAAGUUGACAAGUAUAAGGCAUGCCUAGUUGCUAAAGGCUACAAGCAGGAGUUUGGGGUUGAUUAUCAAGAAGUAUUUGCUCCGGUUGUGAGGCAUGAUACAAUCAGAUUGGUGAUCUCUUUAGCAGCACAAAACUCAUGGCCUGUUUUUCAACUUGAUGUAAAAUCAGCCUUCUUGCAUGGAGACUUGGAUGAACAGGUAUUUAUUGAACAACCCCCUGGUUAUGUUAAGGUUGGAAAUGAGCAUAAAGUGUAUAAAUUAAAAAGGGCAUUGUAUGGACUAAAACAAGCCCCACGGGCUUGGUAUAGUCGUAUUGAAGCAUAUUUUUUGAAGGAGGGAUUUCAAAAAUGCCCUUAUGAGCAUACACUCUUUACAAAAACAGAAGGUGGGAAAAUGCUCAUUGUUUGCUUGUAUGUGGAUGACUUGAUCUAUACUAGAAAUGACAAGGCUAUGUUUGAUAAAUUUAAGAAGUCUAUGAUGGCUGAAUUUGACAUGUCUGAUCUUGGUUUGAUGCAUUAUUAUCUUGGCAUAGAAGUUGAUCAAUCUGCUGCUGGUAUCUUUAUUUCUCAGAAAAAGUAUGUUCAAGACAUUUUGGACAGGUUUAGAAUGAAGGAAUGCAAUCCUGUCAGCACACCAAUUGAUGCAGGAAUGAAGCUUGCUAAAAAUCCUGAAGGGAUGAAAGUCAACAGCACUUUGUACAAGCAAAUAGUGGGAAGUUUGAUGUAUUUAACUACUACAAGGCCAGAUAUCAUGCAUGCUGUGAGCCUUAUCAGCAGAUACAUGGAAAGUCCAAAAGAAAUGCAUCUCUUGGCAGCAAAAAGAAUUCUCAGGUACUUGAAAGGUACGGUUGAGUAUGGUCUAUUUUAUAAGAAAGGAGAAAAGUCAGACAUGUUUGGCUUUACAGAUAGUGAUUUUGCAAGGGAUGUUGAUGAUAGAAAAAGCACAUCUGGUUAUGUUUUUAUGAUGGGUACAACAGCUGUUUCAUGGUCAUCAAGAAAGUAACCGAUUGUGACUUUAUCAACAACUGAAGCUGAAUUUGUAGCAGCAACUUCAUGUGCUUGCCAAGCAAUAUGGUUGCUGAGAAUUCUUGAAGAAUGUCAUUUCAAGCAAGAGGAACCUCUUAUUAUUUUCUGUGACAAUAACUCAACAAUUAAGUUGUCCAAGAAUCCAAUUCUUCAUGGAAGAUGCAAACAUAUAUAUGUGAGGAAUUAUUUCUUGAGGGAUCUUGUGAAAGAAGGAGUCAUUGAUAUUGUCUAUUGCAGAAGUGAAGACUAGCUUGCUGAUAUUUUUACCAAACCUCUCAAGUUGUCAGCAUUUUAGAAACAAAGGAAGUUGCUUGGUGUUUGUGUGUUAGAGAAUUCAUUAAACUGAACUUUGAUACAAAGUUUAGUUUAAGGGAGGGUUUGUUGAAUAAGUCUUCCAUUAUCUGUUUUAUUUUCCUAUUCUUUAGGAAGUUAUUGGGUACGUGCAGUUGAGUUUCUUAUUUUUAGCAGUGCAUGUCUUAUUUGUAG